UGUGGUGUGUGUGCGCCUAAUCCAUCGAUUAACGGGAACACAAAAUAAGAUGCAACGUCGUCUGGCUGCUGUUUCUCGCCGCGCGUCUCGUCGUGUCGUGGUGCCGAUGACAGCGAGCACGACCGCGUGCAAACCCGUUGGGCGUAAAGGCGCUAUGGAAAAAUGGUAAAGCAGCAGCGACUCAGUGUCCUCGUCCACUGGGAAGUAUGGGUGCGCAAACGCUGGAGAUCCUGAGGCAAGGCGUCUGGGCGAGCCUAACUGGCGGCUGGUUUCACGAUCCGCAUCUUGAUGUUUUUUCCAACAUCUUCCACCUUUACAUCUGGCUAUUCUUGCUCUGUCUGCCGUUUACGAUUUAUCUGUUUUUUCCACCCACGUUGUAUGUCUGGUUAGCAUAUUGCUCAACAUUCCUCACCGUUUUUGGAACAAUCAAGUACGUGAAUCACGCUCUCCACUGUCUGUACGACACCACCGAACGUACUGUAGAAUCUUAUGAAACAAUCAGUCAGCAGAAGUCAGAGAGUCAGAAGAGACAAGAUUCUUUCGAUAAAUUUUGGAAAGGAUUGGAAGAUCCGGGAGUCCAGACUUUUGAACUGAGGGUUUUAAAUGGUAAAACUUGUUUGGACGACAUACUACCUGUGGCGUGCUCAUCACGUAAUAACUCAUUUGUAGAACCGAAUGUACAGAAUGCCGAUGCGGAUAGUAUAACAUCCGAGUACAAUCGAGACAAACCCAAUUCAACAAUCGACUUGAAAGUGGAAAUACAUAGAAAGAACAGCUCGGAGAGUUCGGAAGAGACCCAGCAGCUUAACAAACCAACGAUAAACAACGUAAACGUGCAGGAGGCUGAAUCAGUUUGUGCACAGUAUCACGAGCCGCGUGUUAAGAGCUUCACAAAAGAAGGAAGAAAACUGAGGCGACAAAAAUGCGUAAUAAUAGCGGAUAAAGAUCGACCGCGGUUACGUAAUUUGUGUCGAAACGAAUCCGACGAUUCGAGAAGUCGACAUCCGAAACAGAGCAGCCUCGGUAAAACGGGAUCGGAAAGCCAGAUAAAACAAACUAGUUCGCUGGAAUUGGAGAAUCCGAAUGACGAUUAUGCGUACUGGAAAUCGAAUCAAAGCGUCCGCAACUUCAAUUCCAUACCGAUGGAAAGGCUCAACUUUAAUUCUAUACCAAUAGAAACACUGAUCAAUGGUCAUCCGCAGAGCUUAGAAAUCAUAUCAAAGAAAGGAGACGCGGACAAUAACAAGAUCUCGUCUCAUCCGCAAUCGUUGGAGGUUAUUAACAAAAAACCACACCAACAACUGGUACAUCCUCAGAGUCUCGAGACAAUUGGUGCUACCAGCAAACACAUAAGUAGUACCGACGACAAUAAUCUGCCUCUUCAUCCGCAAAGCCUCGAAACAAUCAAUACCAAAAAGGUUUUACCACAAAACACACUGAAGAGAAACCAGCUACAGCUGUUACCGUAUCUUAGUUACGGAUCGGAAAUAGUGCAUCCGAUAGCAGAGCAGAGCGACGAACAAUUCGCCAACGAAAGUUCAGGAGGAUACAGUUUGCGAGAUUCGUACAGCCCGUUGCUUACGCGAAAAAACAUAAGCGACGCGAACGUACCAUCCAACACCCGUGAUAGAAGUCUCAGCGCUGGCAGAUUUGAAGACAGAUUUACGAGAUUUAACGACGACAACGGGAUGGAUAACAACUCAGCGAAUUCCCGAGUUGCCUUGCUCGACAUGCUCGAAGAGUCGAAAUGCGGGGUGAAAAGAAAAUACAGCAACGCGAGUCAGAGCAGUCACGAAUUCUCGGACGGGGAGAGAAGCAAGGAAACACGACUGGACAAAGGCGGAAAUAUGGAAGAUCCGCCCAACUCGGGAAGCGUGGUCGGGAUAGAUUGGCUGUUCGGCUGCUCGGAAAACGGAGACUGUCCGUUGGAUCUGAGAACGAAUCUUCACACCAAAGAUCCCGAUUCGGGAUCGUCGAGUACAACGACCCUCAGCAUCGAGAACGAGGUGAAGCGAAAGUUGCUGCCACAACCGGAGGACAACACUACCAAACGCCUCCAAGGAGCGAUUCCCAAACAAAGCCGUCCAAAACCCGCAGCAUCGGAUACCCCGGAUGACAAUAUUGCCUCACUGAGUGCCGAGCAGCAGCGUGAAAAUCUCAAGCGUUACUUCGAAGUGCGACGGGAGAGAGCUAGGAGACGAAGUGACAAAAUUGAACAGACGAGUGGUUCGAAUAACGAGUUGAGCACGUUGUUGCCGAAUCCGCCGGUUCCGUCGCUCGCCGCGUUACUCAACAAUUCCGGUCGAGAACUGCCAGGCCAGUCAAAUGUCGCUUCGUCCGAAGUUCAAUUAAACCGCAGCACCGAAAACCGAAAUAGUCGCACUAGGUGCGGACGAUUGAAGGCCAACAGAAGACACGGCGGACAGCGCAACAACGUUGGCAACAAUGUCGCGGUUGCCACGACAAUACGGCCAUGUGACAUCCACGACAAUGCGACGGUGCGAUAUCCGAUUGUCAAUCCGUGGACUGCGCUGAUUUCGAGUAUUAUGAGCGGCACAGCCGCCGAUUGUCGCGUUACCAAUCAGAGCGGCGCAACGGAGGAAGCGGUAAACUACAUUCGGGACGAUUUCGGUCGUGUGCUAGCGCUUAACGAAAAAGCCGUGGACGCAGCGGCGGCGGCGGUGGCUGCGGCGACUGCGGCUGCGACAACGACGGCAGCGACGACGAUGAUGACAACAGCGGCGACAGUGACGGCAACGGCAACGACGACGACGACAGUUACGACGACAGCGACAACGAUAGCGACUACAACGACGACGACCCAGAUACAUCCUUACGAUUCGCAGAUACAUCCGCACGAACUGAUGAACUUUCUAUUGCGUCAGCAGCUCGACACGAACUGGAGAUUGGCCGACUCAUUGAAUAACAGCUAUAGCAGUCUGUCGAUCAACUCAGCCGGGUUGACGGUAAUAAUCGACACGCCACCGGUGCUGUCGCCAGUACUGUCGAGUCCCACGAGCAAUCAAACCAAAACACAGAACUCACCACCGUCAAAUUUGAUCUCGUCGAACACCGGCAGCUCGAAUCAAUGUACACUCGGCGAAAAUUCGGAACGUGAACAGAACAAUCAAGCAGUUUUAACCUCGUAUCCCAUACAUCGGACGAAUAGACUUCGCAGACAAGCUCUGCAGAGUAUGAUCGAAGAUCUGACCCAGUACGAAGCGGAGACCAACAACCGCAUGCUAACGUUGCGUAGAAAUCAACAAGAACCUGACAUAGACACCAGUCAUAUAUCGUGGAACGGCUUCGUCGGUAGCUUUGCGCGCAGAUUGGAUUGGUUGAACGCCGGUCAUUCGCGGAGUAAACCCUAUUACAAGUGGAAGAUCGGCAAGCUGCCGUACAUCAAAGUGAGCUUGGAUCGUCUCGCGCUGAUGGCCUUGCUCGAUCGCAACUUAACCGUGUUCGAGUCCGUUAUCUCGACGCUGUUGGCGAGCGUAGUCGCGGGAUUGGGUCUCUUGCUACUCCAACAGGGUUUCUAUCGAGAUAUAUUUGCAUUUAUGUUUUGUUUCGUAACAGCCGGGUGUCAGUACACGUUGCUGAAAUCGGUUCAACCCGAUGCCGCGUCGCCCACUCACGGUUUCAAUCGCAUCAUCGUGUUCUCCAGGCCGGCGUACUACAUCCUGUGCUCGAGCCUGAUUCUCAUCAUCAACGAAGCAUUGAAGAACUUCAAAUCGUCCGACUUUCGGAUUUACGGCUUGCGCGUAGCCGAUUACGACGUUGUAAUGCAAGUGCGAAACAUUUUGUUAAUAUUUCUCCUGUGCUUUCCGAUUAUGUUCUCUUUGGGAUUGUUUCCCCAGAUAAAUACGUUUCUCAUGUACAUUUGCGAACACUUGGACAUUCAUCUGUUUGGCGGCACCGCGACAACCGGUCUGGUGUCGUCGUUAUACUGCCUUUGUCGCAGCGUGGUCGCCGUUCUUCUUCUUUACGGAUUCGCGUACGGCGCCCUGCUCGAACCCAAGUCCUCGCAACACAUCCUCUUUUCUAUAUUUCUCGGCAUGCUCGUCGCGAUAUCCUACCACUUGAGCCGAUCGUCUUCCGAUCCUACCGUAAUAUGGGACAUUCUCAAAGCGAAUCUUUGGCCACCGGAGAUUGGAGACAGAUGCGCGGAGGAAGAGCAAGAGGCGAGAAUAAUCGAGAACACAACGUCGCAGCACGACAACGCAGCAGCAGCGGCAAGCUCCAAGAACAAGUCAUCAUCCGUCAGAAAGAAAGUUGAGAACGUGUCGUUGCAACACGACACCGCGAGCUCCAAGACCAAGUCGUCUUCCGUGAGAAACAAGAAGGCCGUGAAGAUCAAAGUGCGCGAACAGAUAUUGGAGACCGACUUGUUAGAUCCGUUGCCGGAGAAGCUCCGUUCGACCGUGAACGCGAGAUUAAAAAACGACGUGAUAGUGUGCGCCGUGAUCGGUACUUUGUCGUUCGGAAUUCAUCGUACAACGGUGUUCACCGCCUUGCAACCGGAGCUCAAUCCAGUGCUGUGGAGCAUCGUCAGUUGUCUGGGUUUUGUUCUGCACUACAUUGUGCCGCAGCUGCGCAAGCAGUGGCCGUGGCUGUGCCUGUCGAGACCGGUGUUGCGUAGCCACGAACACGAGCUAUUUGAGGUGCGCGAACCGGUAAAAAUCAUGUGGUUCGAGAAGGCCUACGUGUAUCUGUGCUUUCUCGAACGUAACGUGCUCUAUCCGGUCGUCUUUCUAGGCGCGCUAACCGAAUACUCGCCGAAGAUCGCCAACAAGUUCGGCGCGAGCGUAGGCGCGCUCAUCAUCACCGUGUGCGGCAUCAAAUCCCUCAGAUCAGCCUACUCGGACCCGUCCACUCGCUACCUCGUCCUUGUCUUCGCGGUGCUCUUCUUCCAGAUGGACUUUAGUGAGCUGAGCGAGACUUUCCUGAUAGACUACUUCGUCACGGGAAUCGCGUUCGCCAAGAUCUACGAACUGUUACUCAAGAUUCGCUUUGUCGUCACGUACAUCGCGCCCUGGCAGAUCACCUGGGGCAGCGCGUUUCACGCUUUCGCACAACCAUUCUCAGUGCCGCACUCGGCGAUGCUCUUUCUCCAGGCCGGCAUUUCGGCGAUGCUCAGCACGCCGUUGAAUCCUUUGUUGGGAAGCGCGAUAUUCAUCUCGUCUUACGUACGGCCUGUCAAGUUUUGGGAAAGAGAAUACAAGACCCGAAGAGUCGACACCUCAAACACGCGCAUGUCCUCGCAUCUAGAGCGCAAUCUAGGCGGCGACGACAACAAUCUCAACUCAAUAUUUUACGAACAACUCACACGAUCUCUUCAGCACAGUUUGUAUGGUGAUCUCGCGCUUGGUCGAUGGGGCAACGUCGAGCAAGGAGACUGUUUUCUACUCGCAUCCGAUUAUUUAAACUGCCUGGUGCACGUCGUUCAGCUGGGCAACGGAUUAGUGACGUUCCAGCUGAGAGGUCUCGAGUUUCGAGGAACGUAUUGCCAGCAAAGAGAGGUGGAAGCAAUUUCCGAGGGUAUAGAGGAAGACAACGAUUGCUGUUGCUGCGAAAUGGGUCAUUUGUCGAAUGUACUUAGCGUAAACGCGGCCUUCAGUCAACGCUGGCUCGCCUGGGAAGUCACGAGUGCCAAAUACGUGCUCGAAGGUUAUUCGAUCUCUGACAAUUCGGCGGUUUCUAUGCUACAGGUGUUCGAGUUUCGUAAAAUGCUCAUUACUUACUACAUCAAGAGUAUUGUAUUUUAUACCGCAAAGUCGCCCAAACUGAAGCAGUGGCUGGAGAACCCGGACAUUGUCGACGCGCUGAAGCCGACGCUCGAGAAGAACUUCGUCGAUCUCGAUCCCAUCUUUAAUGCGAAUAUCGACUUGGACUUUGAUUUUCGCGCUUGCGGUAUCACGCGGAGCAGUUUCUGCAAUGUUUAUCUUGACUGGAUACAAUAUUGCGUUGGUAAACAAGAUAAGUCGUUGGAUAGAUCGCGAGAUUCGCUAUUUGUGUCUCUAUGUCUCUCAUUGAGUCUGUUGGGAAGACGAGUGUUGGGCGCCGCAUCUCAUAACUCGCUGUUGAGUGUUGAAUUUUUUCUUUACGGACUACACGCGUUAUUUAAAGGGGAUUUUCGAAUAACGUCACCCCGUGACGAGUGGGUGCUGCGCGAUGUCGAUUUGUUGCGCACCGUGGUCGCGAAGGGUAUAAGAAUGGCCCUGAAGUUGCAUCAAGAUCAUUUUAUGAGUCCGGAGCAAUACGCCGAAUCGCCAGCGCUGUUCGAGGCCAUUGAAAAUCACGAUCAGAACCUCGUCAUCAGUCACGAAGCAGAUCCACGUUGGAGAAAUGCCGUCUUGAGCGGUGCACCUAGUCUCCUGGCCUUCAGGCACGUACUUGCCGAAGAUAUAGAUGAAUACAAGGUGAUAAUGCUUAACAAACGUUACUUAAGCUUCCGUGUGAUAAAAAUGAACCGCGAAUGCGUUCGCGGUCUCUGGGCUGGCCAGCAGCAGGAGCUGGUCUAUCUGAGAAAUAGAAAUCCGGAACGCGGUUCGAUACAGAACGCCAAACAGGCUUUGAGAAAUAUAAUCAACAGCUCCUGCGACCAACCGAUCGGAUAUCCGAUUUACGUCUCUCCGUUAACGACCAGCUACGCCGAGACUAACGAACAAUUAUGUUCGAUAAUCGGAGGAUCGUUGACUUUCAGCACGAUAAAGAGCACCGUGUUGAAACUGUUGUGCAGAAUAAGAACAAAGUGUGGUCAAGGUUGUUCCUCGGGCGGCACUGGCUCUCAAGACGACGGAGGCUUUGGAAAUGACGGUGUAUACGCAAUGACCACUUACAACAUACAAACUGGCUAUGCUCAAUCGGGUCACAAUACUUCUGGCUCGCAAUCCAUGGAGUCUGGCUGUCAACUAGGCGGUUCGACCGGUCGAGGUUCUCUUGGCCGUGCCAACGCAGGCUCCUUCAGCGGUAACAGAGGCUCGUUCGUCUCCGCGAUGAAACCAACCAGCUCGACACUCGCCAGUUUAGCCGGAUUGCUCAGUAACAGCGAGAAAACGGAAACGAAGAGUGAAACGAGCAAAGAGGAAGUUUAUCAGAGAGUUCGCAUAAUGGAUCCUAAUCAGGUAUAUGACGCGAUCAAUCUUGGUCGACGCAUAGACGUGAUUUGGCCGGACGAGAGAAUGAGACAGCAAGGCGGUCGUUCCGGCUGGCAACAUUGGGUGCCGGAGAGAGGUAUGGAGGGUUGCGUGGUUCAUCGUUGGUCGCCGAACCAUCGCGAUCCAAAUCGACGUUCGCACGUCGACAAAGUCAUUCUGCUCGUCAAGAUCGAGGACAAAUACGUGCCGAUAGCUGAGCAAGGCGUGCGGGAUUUGGGAGCGGAAGUUUAGCAUAUUCCCGAAAGCAGCACAGAAACGUUAAUAUAGCUUUUAUACGCUUUUUCCUCGACCCGCAAACACGCGAUAGCGCGUACCCAUCAACGAGAGAGACGUAGAGUUAAUUUCUAACAAAAAACAAAAAAAAAACAAAAAAAAAAAACAAAUCUAUGCAUUAAUAAUAUCGAACGCUAGUUUCCUACUUUCAUGAAGUCAAUACUCGCCAUUAAGCGGACUAACUUAAGAAGAUUCGGAUCAACGACAUGCUGAAUCACGUAAAUAUGUUAUUGUCACAACUCGUUUUCAAUUGAUGCUCUUUAUUUGAGAUAUCAAUACGUUCCAUUUUUCUCUUGUAAAAUUGUCUUUUACAAACUCUUAGUGUCUUUGUACGUUGUUGCCCCCAUUUUUUAUCAAUCGCUUUAUUUUUAUGGGUUGGAUGUUUCGUCGAAUACAAUUCAAUGGAAUUUAUCAUCAUCGAAGUUAGAUGUUCGGGUUUUCGCACUUUUAUCCCCAUUACAGCUCUUUCUGGAUACUCGCUGUAGCUAUCUUGGAUGAUGAACGAACAGUAUAAAUUUUCUCUGUGAAUUUCUUCGAAAAUGUAGCUUCACGCAAGAAAAUUCUUCUUUUUUAUUUACCUAAAAUUACAGCCAUCUCUUAAGCGUUACAUUUCCUCACUUCUAACAUGAUUGAUUAUUCAAAAUUGCUGCGGCGAGCGUCCGGGAGCCUUAAACUGUUAAAGUUUUUCACUCCAGUGAACUUUUAUACUAGAAUGUCCUCACGCUUUAGACGGUUUAGACUCUAGAGACUCGACCACCAAUUUAAGAGAAAUAAGUUGCUAUAUAUUGCAUCGAAUAGAUUUUUCCCAUGUUUUUAAUACCUGCUGUAUAGAUUAUAGAUAGUACAAAGACACACACACACUCACACACACAAGACAGAAAACUCUUUUCAGUCUCAAUUUAUUCUGUCUUUUUCUCGCUAUUGUUUCAUCAGAGCCUUGAAAAAAAAAAAAAAAAA